AUGGCUUCUGCAGAAGAAUUAGAACAUGAGAUUAAAAAGGUCGAAAAGGAAUUAAUUAUAGUAGAAACAGAGAUGGAAAAAUGGAGAACGAAACAGCGUCAACUACAUGAAAAGAAAACAGAACUUAAAAAGUCACUAAACAAAUUAAAAUCUGACACCUUAGCACAAGUGGAUUGGGCAGGUACUAAUUACGAAUGGUCAGAAAAAGUGGAAUCUACUUUAAAAACCGUAUUUAAGAAUAACACAUUCAGACCUAAGCAAUUGAGUGCCAUCAAUUCUACUUUAUCGCGUCAACAUACGAUAGUUGUUAUGCCUACAGGUGCUGGUAAAAGUUUGUGUUACCAACUGCCAGCUUUGGUUGAGCAAGGUUUAACAAUAGUUAUAUCUCCUUUAGUAUCCUUAAUGGAAGAUCAAGUACGGUCUUUAAAAAAUAAGGAUAUUCCUGCUAUGCUCAUGACCAGUACUAGUCCCAAAGAAGAAACUAAUGCUGCUCUGAAUGCAUUAAAAGAUAAAAAUUCAGAUAUCAAAUUACUUUAUGUAACACCAGAAAGAUUAGCUAAGAGUAAGAGAUUCAUGGCCAAUUUACAAAAAUGUUUUUCUAAUGGUAGAUUACAAAGGAUAGCUAUUGAUGAAGUCCAUUGCUGUUCUCAUUGGGGACAUGAUUUUCGACCAGAUUACAAAUAUCUAGGAAUAUUGUCAAAUAUGUUUCCCGGCAUACCUAUAUUAGGCUUAACAGCAACAGCCACAGCACAUGUUAUAAAUGAUGUGCAGAAAAUUCUUAACAUUCAAGGAUGUCUUAUAAUAAAGUCUACUUUUAAUAGACCUAAUUUAUUCUAUAAAAUAUUAGAAAAACCAACGUCUAAUGACGAAUGCCUGAAUAUACUUGAAAAUCUUUUGAAGUGUAGAUAUAAAGAUGAAAGUGGUAUAAUUUAUACAAAUAGUAUUAAGGAUGCUGAAGAUAUUGCCAGUGGAUUAAGAAAAGUGGGUCUUAAGGUUGGCUGUUAUCAUGCUAAUAUGGAAGCAGAGGCAAGAUCAAAAGUACACAUGAAGUGGCAUGAAAAAACAUAUCAGGCGAUAGUUGCUACAGUAGCAUUUGGCAUGGGUAUAGAUAAGCCUGAUGUCAGAUUUGUUAUUCAUCAUACAAUAAGUAAAUCUAUGGAGAAUUACUAUCAAGAGAGUGGUAGAGCUGGCAGGGAUGGUCUGAGGGCAGAAUGUGUAACUUUAUACCGUAUGCAAGACAUUUUUAAAGUUAGUGCAAUGGUAUUUUCUUCUGUUGAUAGCAUGGAUUUCUUGUAUGGUAUGGUGAAAUACUGUUUAAAUGGACAUUUAUGUAGAAGAGAACUGAUUGCUAAACAUUUUGACGAAGACUGGGGUGAUUCUGAUUGUAAUAAAAUGUGUGAUGUUUGCAUGAGUGGAAUUGGAAAUACAAAAGAGAUAAACCUUGAAUCACACUGCCAGACUUUGGCUAAUAUUUUAGAUAAUGCAUCAAAGCAAGAUACUAAACUAACUGCUCAAAAACUUCUUGACGCUUGGUUUCUAAAAGGACCUGUUCCAUUGCGACAUAAAGGAAAAGAACCUUCAUUUUCAAGAAUUUUUGCUGAAGAUGUUAUUGCAUAUUUAUUAGUAGAAGGCUAUCUCACUGAAGAUUUUCAUUAUACUGCAUAUUCAACAAUUGUUUAUUUAAAAAAAGGCCCAAAUAUGGAAGCAGUCUAUGAUAAAACUUUCACUUUGAAAAUGCCUGUUAGAAAGUACACUAAAUUUGAAAUAGACAAAGCGGCACCUAAAGAGUUAUGUGUACAUGUGGUAACAAAAUCUGUAAAAAGACCAUCUUCUACAGAAAAAAAAAAUAAAAAAUCUAAGCUAAUAAUAGAUGAUUAA